GCUUGUCAGCCUUUCUCUGGCUCUCAUGCGAGGUCUGUCUGGUCUCCUGAUCUCUGCGACAAUGAAGAUCAGGCUGGAAUGACUGUGGAACUCUGACCAAAAUGGACCUACCUAAUUAUCACCCACAGCAGUCCCAGCCUCUUGUCCACCAACCUGUUAACUAUCCAGACGAUGUGUUAACUUUGGAAGGAUCAUCAACAUCUCAGGAGUCGAAGACGGAGGCGGACAGUAGGCCAGAGCCAGAAGAGAGCUGCCCUGUCUGUGGAGACAAAGUGUCAGGAUACCACUAUGGACUGCUCACCUGUGAGAGUUGCAAGGGCUUCUUCAAACGCUCAGUGCAGAAUAACAAGCAUUACACCUGUUCAGAACAACAAAGCUGCCCCAUGAACCUUUCCCAGAGAAAGCGUUGCCCAUCGUGCCGCUUCCAGAAGUGUUUGGCAGUGGGCAUGAAGAAAGAAGCUGUAAGAGCCGAUCGCAUGAGAGGUGGCAGGAACAAAUUUGGCCCUCUGUACCGGCGGGACAGACAGAUGAAACAGCAAAAGGUUUAUCACCAGCCAAACACUGCUCCCUACAGGAUUAAGAUGGAAACUACACAAACAUAUUGCCCCCAAGCACUAAAUGACCCUCACCUAGUAAGCAGUCACACAAGUGAUCCGUUGUCUUCUGACGCGUUUCAUCAGUCCCAUUUAUACCCCUCUGGCAUGGGGCAUUCAGGUGAACCCCUGCCUUUGGACUGCACCAUGAACACAGACAGAGUGCUCACUCCUCCAUCCUUGCCUUACCCUGGACUGUACCACUGCACCUUCCCCGGAUACCCACAGGAUAAAGGAGAAAUGCCUUUUAGCUGCAGCCAAGCUCCCACAAACUAUCCAUCGCGUUCAAUCCUCCAUAGUUCAUUCACACCAAGAAGCACGCCAGCGUCAUCCCCCUGCUCAGCAUCAAGCUCAUCCAUCCUGUUCUCCCAGGCUCCCACCACAACCCAAACCGACCCGUCUUCAGCUACUCAUACGCUCGACUUCCUAAGCCAACUCCUGGAGGGGGAGCCGGAUGAGGCCCAGCUGUGUGCCAAAGUCUUGGCCAGUCUGCAGAGAGAACAGGCCAGUCGAGGCAAACACGAUCGCCUGAAUACAUUCAGCAUCAUGUGCAAAAUGGCAGACCAGACUCUGUUUGGGCUUGUGGAGUGGGCUAGGAACAGUGCACUCUUCAAGGAGCUCAAGGUGGAGGACCAGAUGGUGCUGCUGCAGAGCUGUUGGAGUGAGUUGCUGGUCCUGGAUCACCUCUGUAGACAAGUGGCCUUUGGCAAGGAGGGCUGCAUAUAUCUGGUCACAGGGCAACAGAUUGAGGUGUCAACCGUUAUUUCCCAGGCAGGAGUGACUCUAAGCAGCCUGGUAUCAAGGACCCAAGACCUAGUGUCUAAACUUAAGGCACUCCAAUUAGACAGGCAUGAGUUUGUUUGUCUCAAAUACCUGGUGCUAUUUAACCCCGAUGUGAAGUCAGUGCAGGGCCGCAGGCAGGUGGAGCAGACUCAAGAGAGGGUCAACAGAGCCUUGAUGGAGCACACCCAGCGAACUCAUCCAGGACACUCGGACAAGUUCGGCCAGCUACUUCUGCGGCUGCCUGAAGUGCGCAGUAUUAGCCUGCAGGUUGAGGACUAUUUGUACCAGCGACAUCUUCUUGGAGAUUUGCCUUGCAACUCUCUACUUACGGAGAUGCUUCACACCAAACACAACUAAGAAAAUGUUGCCAUGCCUUUAACAUCAGUGCUACUAGCGGCCUGAGUUUGCGCCUCCUCUGCUGCCUUUUGGAUCCAACAC